AUGCAUCUCUCUCACUUACUACUCUACCCGGUCAUCGCCUCCGCAGCGAACAUCCUGCUCUCGAACGACGAUGGCUGGGCCGAGCUCAAUAUUCGCACCUUCUACGAUGCGCUCACUUCGUCUGGGAACUCGGUCGUUAUUUCUGCGCCUGCGGACAACAAGAGUGGCACUGGCUCCUCAGACUCGACUCCCCAAACCGUCGGCUCCUCCGGCUGCGAAUUCUCCUCCUGCCCCGGCCGCUCCCCCGCGACCGGCUAUAAUGCCUCAAACACCCGCUUCAACUACGUAAACAGCUACCCUGUAACUUCUGUGAAAUACGGCCUUUCCACGCUCGCCCCUAAAUUUUUCAACGGGAAUCCUGCCCUCGUCGUCGCAGGCCCAAACGUAGGUUCCAACCUCGGCUCUACGACUCUGGUAUCCGGCACCGUCGGCGCAGCAUCGUACGCCGCAAGCACCGGCGGCGUACCUGCGAUUGCGUUUUCAGGAAGUAGCGGGAGCCAGAUCGCGUGGACGACGAGCCCCGUGCCCGUGUACUCGAGCUUGUACGCCACCCUCGCCACAACCCUCACCAACGCCCUCCUCGCCACCUCCACCCCCUACCUCCCCGCCUCCGUUUACCUCAACGUCAACUUCCCCUCCGCCUCGGGCUCCUGCACCUCCGCAUCCAAUUUCAAAUUCGUCCUGUCCCGCGUGAACGCCGCCUCGGGCUCUACCGCCGCGGACGUCUCAACCUGCGGCUCCACACGCCUGCCGACAGAGAGCAAGGUCGUCGGAACCAGCGGGUGCUAUGUGAGUGUGAGCGUGGGGAAUGCGGCGACCAAGGGGGAUAGCACGUCGGCGAAUCAGGCGGUGGUGUUGGGGAAGCUGAAGGGGAUUUUGAGCUGCUUGCCGUAA